UAUUGUGCCACCAAGACAUAAUGAAGAAAUUUAUAGAAACAGGAAACUGUUUAAUUCUCUGAAUGUAAUGGUUGUUUGUGGGCCAUCCCUCCAGAUCCUGUCCCUGAAUGCAAAGUUCCCUGGGAACUCCCAUGAUGCGUAUGUAAUUAGACAAUCAGGGAUAUGGCAGAGAUUAAGAUCGAGGCAAGGACAAGACAUGUGGUUAUUGGGAGACCGUGGAUAUCCUUGCACCCCCUGGCUCAUGACUCCUUACCGUAAGCCCAGGCCAGGACCACAGACGGCAUUUAACUCCGCGCUUACUGCCACUAGACAGCUGGUGGAGCGCACAAUUGGUGUCCUUAAAGGACGCUUUCGUGUGCUCCACCGCACUGGUGGCGACAUCAUGUAUUCGCCGGAGAUGGCAAGUAAAAUAGUGGUCCUGUGCGCUAUACUCCAUAACAUCGCUGUAAGGAGUCGCGUGGAGCUUCCUCAAACAGAGGAAUUGCCUGAUGAGGAGCCAGGGGUUGGGCGGAGAUACGGUGGGGGGAGUGUUUCCCGGAGUGGCAGUCAAGUAAGGGCACACAUUGUGGAAGAAUAUUUCAGCUGAUUGCUCAUACAAAAAGUGGACGACCACAACGGCAAGCUGAUGCAGGGAGGCAACAUCAGGCCCCUUCUCAGCCCCCCUCCCCUUCUCAACCCCCUUCCCCUUCCCAGUCCCCCUCAGCUUCCCAGUCCCCCUCAGCUUCCCAGUCCCCCUCAGCUUCCCAGUCCCCUCAGCUUCCCAGUCCCCCUCAGCUUCCCAGUCCCCAUCAGCUUCCCAGUCCCCAUCAGCUUCCCAGUCCACCUCAGCUUCUCAGUCCCCCUCAGCUUCCCAGUCCCCCUCCCCUUCCCAGUCCCCUUCUCAGCCCACCUCUCCUUCUCCUUCUGUGCCCCCUUCUCCUCCUUCCCAGUCCCCUUCUCCUUCUCCUUCCAACUCCCCUUCUCAGCCCCCCUCACCCUCUAUUGGCCAAACACUCUCUCCACCCCCCUCACCCUCUCAAUCAGACCCACCCGCAGAAAUUACAUCCCCAAUCCCUCCUCCUUCCCCCAUCCAGCCUCCUUCCCCCAUCCCUCCUCCUUCCCCAAUCCCUCCUCUUUCCCCCAUCCAGCCUCCUUCCCCCAUCCACCCUCUUUCCCCCAUCCAGCUGCCUUCCCCACCCAGUGAAUGGGCAGAAGAAGCCCCUGAUGAAAUUAGUGGGAUUCAGCAUGUUGCAGAGGAAAAUGCUGCAGUUGGAGAUCCCAGCACUUUGCCAGCACUUUUAGGGCGGCUAAAAGCCCAUUUAAGGGAUGUUAUAGCCGACAUUGAGGCUAUUGAA